UAGGCAGUAGCCUAGUCAUGCAAAUUGUGCAUGCAAAAAAGUGAGAAAGGAAGGAGCAAAGUGAAAGAGUGAAAACAUGGUGGAGAUUGAGGAAGUAAACAAUUAUGAGGCAUUGCCACUUCUCUCAUUGAAUCAUGUCUCAUUGUUGUGUAGAUCAGUUUGGGAUUCUGUGCGGUUCUAUGAAGAAGUCUUGGGAUUUGUUCUCAUCAAACGCCCUUCUUCUUUCAAGUUCAAUGGAGCUUGGUUGUAUAAUUAUGACAUUGGGAUACACUUAAUUGAGAAUCCAUCAAUUGAUGAUUUUGACACUAUUGUCGAACCACGACCAAUUAAUCCUAAGGAUAAUCACAUAUCCUUCCAGUGUACAGAUGUUGGCCUUGUCAAGAGGAGGCUAGAAGACAUGGGAAUGAAGUAUAUAACAGCUGUGGUUGAAGAUGAAGGGAACAGGGUUGAUCAGGUCUUCUUCCACGACCCAGAUGGUUACAUGGUUGAGCUCUGCAACUGUGAGAACAUUCCAAUACUUCCUCUAUCUUCCUGCUCAUUCAAGCGAAGGUUAAGCAGUUUCAACAAGUCUGCUUCAGCUAAAUGUGGAUUCAUGGAAAAUGCGAUGAUGGAGAGCUUGAGCAUGGAUAUGAUGAACAUAUCAUUUUGAAUUGCACCAAAAAAAAAAAUGUGAACAACUUGACUUUCUUUUCUGCUAUUGUGUGCCGCAAUUGUUUUACAAGUCUUACAGUGGUCUGGUGUCUGUGUUUCAUGUAUUGGUUAUAGUUUUUAAUAAGUUUGUGAGAUUGAGUUAUAAUCCGAAUGUAAUAUACAUUAAAUUGGAAAUAUGGCCUCUGAUAUAGAUCAAAAGGAUAAAAGAAAUGAUCUGUAAAAACCAAUAGAGUUGCCAUAUUGUGCCUUGGCAAGGCCAGUUGCCACUGUUGUUCGUGAAAUGUCAAUUUUGCAGCAGCCGCCUGCUUUUUUGUUAUAAAAUUUCCAAUUACCGUCAGUACUGCUUGGGUUUGUUUAUUAUUAC